CUAGACAAUGGGUAUGUGCUGCUCUCCUCUUGCAGAGUCUACAGUGUGAGAGCUAACAGCACAUCACACAAAAUGGACAAUGAAGUUUUUAUGUCUUUUACGCUUUAUAGCACGCUGCUAAUCCUAAAGAUGUAUCUCUUGGCUAUAAUAACAGGACAGAUUCGACUCCGCAAGAAAGCAUUUGCAAAUCCGGAGGAUGCGAGGAGACAUGGAGGUGUUGAGUUUUUUCGAGAAGACCCUGAUGUGGAACGAUAUCGUAGAGCGCAUCGCAAUGAUAUGGAGAAUAUUUUUCCUUUCCUGUUUUUGGGGGCUAUCUACUCCGUGCUGGAUCCCAACCCUACCAUAGCCAGAAGCCACUUCCGAAUUUUCUUUCUCUGCCGCGUAAUCCACACGGCAGCCUAUGUGCUGGCUUUGAAAGCACCGACGCGCUCCGUGGCCUACAGCAUUGCACAGCUGCCUUGUUUCUCGAUGGCGGUGCAGAUAUUAUUCGCGGUCUCCUCCUAUUGGUAAUCGCAACACCCCAGAGAUCUGAAAUUCUGUGUGCCUUUUCAGAUGACCAAGUUGAGAAUCAUCCCAGCAUGAAGGAUAAUUUAAAAAAAAUAUGAUGCAGGUGUUGGUAGUGACAAGUACUAAAUAAAGUCAUGAAUGUAAAGGCUUUGCCAAUGCCUUUUUUAUUUUCAAGCAGAUCUUACAAGAGUUGGUUUGUGAUAUGAGCAAAAUGGUGUAGGUAAAGAUUUUGUGACUUGACUGUUAUAUAUUUCCUGCUGCCAGAAGCCUUGCCUUUUUGGGAUGAAAUGUAACGAAAUAGGAGAAAAAUGUAAUUUACCCAUAGGAGACCAAACUUA